AUGGGUCGGCCCAUGAUCGAGCCAGUGCCGAAGAGUAAGAGGUCGUUGCUGGGCGGCUUUGGCGCGAUGAUGAACAAAAUGGUGGGACGGAGUUCGAAGAAGGUCUGCCGUGUCAAGGCGGAGGCUGCGGACGACGCCGAGGACUUCUACGAUGACGAAGUGAUGUCCGAGUGUGAGGAGGAUGAGGACAUGGAAAAGGAGGAAGGGGAAGCCGACGAGAUGCAGACUGAAGCUGAAGACUUCAACGGUGGCGCAGCCUCGUCCACCGCGGGCGCUCCGGUCGGGGCCAAGACGGCUCCGACGACCGCGCCGCGCACGGGCAGCGGCGGGGCGGCGGAGAAGCUGGUCAAGGCCCGAGACUACACACGUGUCGCCAAGCAAAUGGACGAGCAGUUCGAAAAGCUGGAUCCAGACAGCACCUUGCGCCCCACGAUCAUCACGCCUGGAAGCUCUUGGACCAAGUCCUCUCAACCGAAACUCCUCGCGGCACGGCAGACCGAGUCCCUGGAGGCCGAGGCCCAGCACCGAAUGAAGGACGCCGCCUUCGACCUGUUGGAUGCCAUCACCAAAUCCGGGGCGCUCCCCUUGAGCCACGCAGAGAUGCACAUCGUGGUGGCGGCGACCCAUUGCUUCGACCAAACAGUCACCGAGACCGUGAUCCAGGAGAACGUGAACCCCAUCGAGAAGGUGGAACGAUCAAGCUCCUUGGACGUUUCGCCGAGGGGUUCGAGUCUCAUCAUGGCCUCCACGGUGCAUCAGCAGCCGCCCAGCGCCUUGCUCAAUGCCUCGGUACGGCCGCGCGUCCUCGCAGCGUCCCCGCAGCUGGCGGACACACCCAAAGCGGCGGAGCUGGAACGCGGUGCCGACGUGCCGGACGCAGACGCCUCGGCCAAGCAGCGCGCGGCGCUUCCGGCGCGCACUGCCGAGGACGACGGGGAGCCAAAGCCAAGCGAAGACAAGAAGAACGACUGGGACACAGAAGGUGUCAGCGUCAGCCGCUUGCUGCCAAAGCAGAGAGGGGUCCCCAAAGAGGAAAUCCUGGUUGAGCAGCUAGCAGCUACCACAUUGCUGAACCUUGCUAAGAUCGCUAUUUUCCGCGGUGCCUUCUUUGGUGUGGAGCCUGGAUUGCAGAGCGUGAAACGGAAGCACGAUCUGCGGGGGAAACACCCACCCGAGGAUGGGUGGCGACACGUUUGGAAUUUCCCCAAAGAGGUGCCAUUGGCAGAGGCCGCGCCCAAGGCCACUCGCCGCCUCCUCGAGGACUGCGCGGCCGGCCGCCUCCGCGACCGGCGCUUCGCGCCCGUCUCCGCGCUGAUGGCGGUGCUGGGCGGCGGCGAUUUGGGCCCCUUCGGCGAUCCGGAGGCGGAGACUGGUGUGGGGCUCGGGCACACGGAGCCCGGAAUGCUCACCGUGUCCCGGAAGAACGAUUUCGCAGGCGGGGCUGGGGUUCUAUUUUCGCAGUCGGUAGCAACGGUGAUAUUUAGGCACAAUCUUUUUGGUGGCAUAGGUCAGGUGUAG